AUGCAAAUACCGACCACUUCCACUGAUCCCUUUCCAGAAUCGCUGGUCGAUUUGCAAGCAAUCACAUCUCUGGUCAUGCCAAUUCGCUCUGCCUGGACUAAGUCGUCGACUGGAACUGGAGCUGAUGCGGUGCCGGACCUGAGGUGAGUGCCUCAGCCCUGAUUCUGACCUGGCUUUAGUGAAUCCGAGUUCCCUUUCCUGGAGGGAAAACCUGAGGUCGAUCGGAAGACCUCGAAGGGACGUCGUCAUGCCGGCGAACAGCUGUUAAUGAAACGGCUGGCUGGUCAGGGCUUUGUAAUGAAGACGGUGCUGGACACCGGAGCCCUGGGCAAGCGACGUCGUGCACGACUCCUCUCGGAGACGGUGGGUGAUGACAUGGACGCAUCCAUCCAUUACUCCAUCAACCGCAAGAACCGCUGGCAACUCGGUUCGGCCGUCGAAAUGAUAAAGAACAAGAUAGAUACAGACAAUGUUGCCUUCUCGGCCAUCGACAGUGUUUACGGCUUUGACGGACAACGAGUUAUGGCCCAACAUCAACUCAACCAAAAUGGUCUGGUCCAAUCCAAACACUGUAAAAGUCAUCGAGGAAGUCAGAACGGAGGCGAGGCAUCAGGCAAGGGUCUCGAGGUCCGAUAUCUCAUGUCGAAACCGCAUCCAGUCGCGAAACUAAUGACUGGAAAUGCUUUCAACAAGAGUAAGUUGGCAAUCCUUGUAUAAAAUAAACACUUCUGUAGGCAAACCCGCAGUCCGUUCCAAGAAAAGAGCGCAAAUGGACAUCAGUGUGUACAGUACUGAUGGAGAACCGACCGAGGUCGAAGAACAACCGAAACAACUCCCGGAAGAGGUCAUUAAUCUCUACCGUCCCCGUCAGCAAACCUACACCUUGGCCGAUUUCAUUCAGGAUAAAUCGGCCCCCGUUAUUGUCCGGCAUCGACCAGAGAACGUGAACUCGGAAGAAACCUUCGAACAGGUGAGCAGUAAUUCUAAUUAUGCAAAUCGAGGUCAAUUCGGAGUCGAUUAAAAUCAUGUUAAAUCAUGAGAUUGUAAGGGAAAGAGCUACGUCAUGUGGUGUGGGUUGCAUCCGGCGAACCCUCAGAGAUCGUUUUUUCGAAAUCAAUUUGUUUAUCGGCUGGACUGCGGGUUCUUUGACCUUUUCUUUCGCCUUUAAGACCCCGUCUCUAGGACCGGUUUCCAUCAACUGUUGACGGAAAAAGAACAGCAAAGUCAGCAGUUUAAUUAUUCCACAAACAUCUGGAGAACGGAGGGAUCCAAUCGUUGCGUAAUUAAACUUAUCUGAUUAAAGUUAUUUAUGAUUUUUUUUAAUUAGGUUCAAAUGUGACAGGUCACAGUCGUAAAACUAAUAUGAAUGUGUAAAGUGAAGGUUUAUCGGGUGUUAAUGUAGCGGGCCGGUAACAAAUCGGGUCAGUUUGGUGUACCAAGACAAAUUAACUGUUUUUGCAAAAAAUCGUUAGCAAAAAUUGAGAUCAAUUAUAGCGAUAAUUACCCAUUUCAUUAGUAUUUACAAUUUCAGGUGGAAAUGCCUGUCUCCAACAUCUCUUCUUCCACGACUGAUUAUUCGACCAAAGUGGAGCAUGGAAACCGGUUCGAAAUCAAACUUGAUGCCGAUCAUGUUGGAAUCGGGAAACAAAUCCACUGGCUUCAGCAAGCCGCAGUCAUCGCCGAACGCGAAGAAUUCAACUUCCAAUGGCUUAAUCUGGCCAGGACCGCCUUCCAAGUGGAUAUUAGUCCAAUCCUUAUGGAACACUCGUAUUCCCCGGUGAUUGUUCUUUCUUUCUCUUACAAUCAGAAGGAGAAGAUGAUCAAUGUCAUCUUCAAUGCGUCCAAGGAAUGUGAGAUUCACCGAUUCCAUUUGGAGAUGGGAAGUAUGCCUUAUCAGAAACGAGUUCGACUCGACACAUAUCUUAAUCUGGUCCUCCAAAACACUCGGAUCCAUGUUUUGGGCGUUGAGCCGCCUCGUCAUGGAAUGAAUUCCACUCAAUUUUCCACCAGAACCCAACCCCUCACUGACUACCAAUUGAUGUCGUCAACCGAAAGCCUUGAUAAACACAUCACUGCCCUAGUCGAAGGGUCUACUCAGGAAUCGGAAGUCGAAGAGGAAGAUGACUUCGAACAUGUUGACAUCGAUGACCUCGCUUUCUCCGAUGAUGAGAACAGUGAGGCCAUCGAUGAACAUGAAAACAUUGACCCGACUUGGAUCGACGAAUCCCUCGACGAACAGGUGGCCGAACUCAAGACAGUCUGUCACGAGUGUGGAGAAGAUCGGACCACAGAAGUCAUCACCUCCGGCUCCUGUGGUCACUCUUUCUGCUUCAAAUGUAUCAAUCGUCUAGUCAGACCUCCGAUUGCUUGUAAACAAGCUCCCUUAAUGUGCCCCGCUGCCAAUUGUGACAAGGAGUACCCCAUGUCCCUGCUGCCAUCCGUCUUCCCCAUACCUCUAAUCUAUCUUGCCUUGAGGGGUCGUGCUGAAUAUAUGGCCAAAAAGCACGACCUCCGAAUGUUCGAAUGUCCAACAGGAUGUGGGACCGCUCUUAUCAAGAGGGAGAUUCCGUACAAUCAGGUCGAGUGUGGUCGUUGUUACAACCACUGGUGUCCUGAAUGUCUCACCGCACCUCAUUGGCCAAUGACUUGUUCCCAGGCCAAGCAAUGGCGAGAGAAAUGCCUGAUCCAAGCCGAUAAGGGAGAGGAGGCCGAACAGAAUCAUAUUCAAAUCCAAUACUAUGAGAUGGUCAUAGACUGUCAGAAGAGAAGAUUCGGGACUGAGAACUGGAAACUGUUGGCCAAGGAGCUCAGAAAGAAGGUCGGAUACAAGUUGGAGCGUCAAUUCGUUGACAUCAUGAAGACUGUAAGCAAACAAUUUUAAAUUAUAAAUGAUAGACAAAGAUUCUAAUUUUGCAUUUUUAGACUCUCCAAAUGGUUGAGAAUGGCUUCGCUUGGCUUUAUAUGACUAAAGGUCCGAAUCGUCCCGCCAGUUGGCCCAAAGUAAAGGUCGCCUUGAUGGCGCUUUACUCCGAAUUCAACAGGGUUGAGAACUGUGUGAUCAAGUCCCCUCAAUGCGAGAACGAGGCGCAGGUCGCCGCCGAACUCCACGCUCUCCGUGGCCUCAUCCGCAAAGGCCUGCAGGAGUACAAUCCUUAG